AUGGCCAAGACUAGAGCCCAGAGCUCCACCGCACCUCCCGACGACGCGGUAGGGGCCGGAGCUUCUGUUUUUACGCCUCUUUUACCGGCGCGCAUCACGAGCACUUCGCAUGCUGCGCUAGGCGAGAUGGGCGAUCUUGUCGUCUCAAUCAAGAACACAUUCGACGGCGGUUUGUUUCGGCAGUGUGUACCGGAUAUCGAGCAUGAAAUGGCUGAACAACUGCGAAUGGUCCUGAAUGAGAGUGACGUUCACAAGCGUGUUAUUCAAUACUUCAUGUUGUGCCACGAUAUCAUCGACGAUCAUGGUUGGCGCAUAUUUUUUAAUGCUAAAGAGGACGAGGUCGUACUUCAUGACUUGAUCUUGGAAAAAGCGCUUGACAUCGAAAAAUUCUACCAAAAUCAACGCCGCGCCAAGCGCAGCCGUGAGCACCCGAAAGUCCCUCCGGCUCCAUGCCCCCACUCAAAACGAGGCGAGGGUAGUAAACGAGAAGUCGCGCGGCUAAAACGACUUCGGAAAUAUCUAACGUUGGCUGAAAAGACCGUUACUUUGAAUGAAGUGCUGGAACUACCGUAUUGUGUGGAUACCGGUACUGAUAGAACGGCUAUCAGCCGAAAACAUUGGUGA